GUAUCCGCCAUUGCAAGCAGCGUUGUCAGUUUUUAUUCGAUUCGAUGUAAAUUAUUACAAAUAACUUGUUUUGUGUCCUUGUUUUUAUUUAAAAAUGCAUAAUUGAGUGUUGCUCAUGUCGAUCCCGAUGCGGAUAAAAGUUUCCAAAAAAACCUAUAAAAGCAUUAAAAUUAACUUUGCUCAAUGGAUAAUCAAAUGAACCGGCAAAUGCUUGAGCAUUUCGAAAUAACGAAUGGGGAACAUGAUCAGGAAAUAGGUAAAAUAACGAGCCUUAAUGCUAUGCGCGGGAUUGAAAAUGGCUCAUUGCACUUCAUAACUGUACCUCGGGACCAGGAGUAUAUUGAUCAUACCCUCCUUAAUCCGGAGUAUAUUGCGCAGUUUCCAAAUGGGUUCAUAGUCGAUUUUAUACCAAAUGGUGAGGGGGAACAACAAACCCAGCAGAUCAUUGCUGAUGCGGUGAACGCCGACCUAGCAUUCCAAGGGGGAGGAAGUGGAAAUGAUGAUCAGGAUAGGAGGUUGACAGCGGCCCUUUUGCAACUGGUCAACAAACCAUGUCAUAUAAAAAUCGGAAAUGAAACCCAAGUUAUAGUUUCAAAUAAGGAUUUAACAUUGUCCGGUCACGAUAAAACAGAACAAAUAAGUCAUCAUAACUUCAGUGCGGUGACCAAUCAGCAGCAGCAGGUUCUGCAGAGUGAGACGAUCAAUGAUUCUCAUUUCAAAAUUUACCAACAGCAAAAGCCAGCUCACGUUCAAACACCACCUCAGGCGAACCCACCACUUCCACCAUUGACCCCUAUUCGAAGGUUAGCUCGGCAGCGUAAGAAUUCCGUCGUGAGUGCAUCGUCUGAUAUUCAAAUAUUUCAGGUGAACGAAAUUAACAUGGAUGAAGAGAUCGAUAAUCGCCAACGUCCACUAACUAAAAAGAGUCUUCCACAUAAAAAACGAAUCUCGAAGAAAUUAAAAAACAUCGACCGAAUAGAGGCAGCUCCUCCACCGAUCCGUCAAACUGUAAUAUAUCAGGAUAUUCAACAAAAUCCAAUACAAGAAGUCGAGAAUCAGUUCAUCCCUCCACAACAACAAUUUUCGUGUCAAUUAUGCGCGAUUGUUUGUACCUCACAACUAGAAUUUUUUGCACAUUUGAAGGGCCAUUACGAACCGCAAUCAGUUGUAACUAAUGUUUCGUCGAUGCCAACGAAAGAUUCUAUUAGCAAUGAGGAAAAUCUUGUCUUAAACCACUCGAAUGAGGCAGACAAUAUUGAAUUCACAGAUUUUUCAAAGUCGGCUAUGGAUGACAAGUUAGAACAGCAAAAUGAGGUCACACUGAAGAACCACAACGUGCAAGAUACCUCACAGGAUAUGACGUCCCAUCGGGACGAAUUGCGAAUUGAUGAAGUAGAAUUCAGUGAUACUGAAGAUAUGUUGGAGGGCAUCAGAGGCGUGGUGGACAAAGUACAAGAAUCUGUUGGGAAUGAUUCGAAUGACGGAAACGAUUGGUACAGCAGCAAUUCAUUAAAUGGGAAUAUUGUUUAUAAAUCGGAUGAAAACAAUCAGAAUCUGAACUCGUCCGUGGACAAUUUUUCUAUGUUUUUCAAGAAUAAUUUGGAUAAAGGUGGUGAUAAUCAAGAGAUAAUCCUUCCCGUGGAAGAUAAUGUACAGAAACUAACACCCGACGGUACUCAUAUUAUACCUCAAGAAGCCUAUGAAGUCUCUGAAGAAGCUGCUACCAUUGUAGAUGAUCAGGAUACGAUGCCGACUGAAAGUGAAAUUGACACGAUGCUCAUCGAAAAUCAUUCUGCGGAAGACAAUAGUCAGAAACUGCUUCCGAAACGAACGAAUCGCGUUCGUAAGCCCAAACCAAAACCAAAACCGAUUGAUGAUGAGUUCUCUGAAAGUGAUUUGCUGGACGACGACGGUUUAUCUGGGGACGACGAUGAGAAAUACAAAAAGCAACGCCGGAAAUGUACGCAAUGUGAUAAAGUUUUUAAUUCCUCCAACGCCUUUAAGUAUCAUGAACUGUCGCAUACGGGCGAGCGUCCACAUCAGUGUGAUAUUUGCGGGAAAAGUUUUUUUGCACAAAGUGCUCUUAAGGUUCAUAUGCGUCUACAUUCGGGUGCGAAACCCUACGAAUGUGAGAUUUGCAAGCGGGCAUUUCGACAAUGGGGCGAUUUAAAGUAUCAUACGAUAUCGAUUCACACAAAUGAACGCAAUUUCCAAUGUGAAUUUUGCGGGAAAGCAUUCGCCAGGCGGUAUUCUCUGGUAAUUCAUAGACGGAUUCACACCAGCGAGCGAAACUAUAAAUGUGAGUUCUGUCCGAAAUCGUUUCGCGCCAGUUCGUAUCUACAGAACCACAGGAAAGUUCAUACAGGCGAAAAACCCUAUGCUUGUUCCAUAUGUGGGAAGAAAUUCCGUGUAAGUGGAGACCUCAAGAGGCAUACAAACAUUCAUGGACGAGAAAAGAAGAAAAAAGGAGGCGAAGGAGUGACUGCAUCAUCAUCUAAGACUGAUAUUAGCAAAAAAGUAAUUUUAAAGCCAACCAAUGAGCAGAUUAUCCAAUUCAUGCCAAAGCCAAGCACAUCAUCGUCAGUAGAUAUGCAACAAAUUAAGGCCGAGCCAAAUAUCCUGAUGGAUUUGAGUUUACUUCACGAUGAUUUAAACCCAACCACACAUCAAUCAUUGGUGAAAAUUGAACAAGCAGUUCAAGCGAAUGGUGCAACUAACAAUGGAACAAUAAUAUAUUCAGAUGGAGCUGUCGAGAUAUUCAAAACGGAAGUAGUUGAUCGCUACUGACGAAGAUACCGGUUGCGAACCAAGUGAUAAUUUUACAACUAUACAUAAAGAGGCUCAACAUUUGGUUAAACGCGCAAGUGGAUAGAAUUCAACAACGAAAUAAACUAGUGUCGGUGUAAUGAGCAAUUGUAAGUUCCAAAUGGCGAGAGAGACUUGUUUGAGGGGAUAAAAUCAUCAUAUAUCAUUUCGGGAACCACUUUUGGUAUCCAAAAAUGACCAUAUCAAGUGAUUAUAGUUGGGGAGUUACAAUGUACAAUCAGUUACAGCAGAAUUAUGCAUUUUAAGAAUGAUUGGAGCCAUGUAGUUGCGAUCUUUUUUUUUUGGGGGUAGGGUAGGUGAAUGGAUUUACGCACACAGUGUUGGACUCCCGAUUCGGUAGGUCGUCGGACUAUCCAACUAAACACCUCCCCAUCGUCAGCCUGGAACCGUUUG